CUGGGUAGUAGUGGUAACCGUAGAAAUAAGUCUUUCGAUGUAUGUUUUAGUGUUGGACUAGACUCACUGAAUCUAUAUUUAACGUGUACAACUCUCAUAACGGAUAUUCGAGAGCUCUUUGAAACAGAUUUCUUCCCGGUAAUGGUUGGCAAGUUCCUCUACAUAUCAGCUAUGAAAUAUCUAACCUUAUUUCUAAUAUUCUCAAUUGCCGGAGUACUAGGACAAGAACUAUGCAGAUUACAAUCUGGAGUAUUGGGUACAUGUACUAUAUUUGCCUUCUGCCCUUAUGUGCAGGCUAUGUCAAAAAUUCUGACUGUUGAAAAUCUGGUUGAAACAUAUGGUGGGUGUGGAAGAGGAAGCGAUGGAAAUGUACAACUAUGUUGCCCAAAUGAUAAAUCCCUAUCAGAUGGACGACAGGGUGGAGAAAAACUUACCAAUUUUACCUUGACAGACGUUACUAGUACAUCCAUGUCUACAACUCCUCGCCCCGCAAUAGCUGCUGCUUCUACAGCAGGUAGUACAGAGCUCACCUGUGGAGCCCCACUCUAUCACUUUGAUUACAGGAACUGUAUUUUUCUCAGCAAAAGUUACACAGGAUGGGAUGAAGCUCACCAGAUGUGCCAAAACCUUGGAGCUCAACUAUACAUUGCUCCAAAUCCAAAUCACUUCCUUCAAAUAAGAAAAUAUCUUCUUGAAAAAUCUUUGGGGGGCGAGUUCCUUCCGAAUCUUCAUACUGGAGAUAUUAGUCACUUCUGGGUUGGCGUUCGUAAUCGGACAUGGUUGGACGGUCGUGCCGUAGCUAAGAGGGAAUGGAGAUCUGGAGACCCAGAUGGGGCUCAAGAUGAAUGUGGUUUCAUGGGCAGCAAUGGAACACCUCAAUCUUACUUCCUCUAUGAUUUUCCCUGUGAUGGGGAGUCUCAUGCAAUCUGUCAUAAACGACUUGAUAUCCCUAAUUAAAACAUUAUUACUGCUCCUACAGUGAGGACAGACAAAUUUAAAUGUAAAAAAGUUGGAUUGAUACAAAAUAAUGUAAAACUUUCUCAUAUUCCCACAAAGUUAAGACAGCCUCAAAUACAGUAUAGCAUAACAUAUAUAUUAAAAUGUUCUCUGUUCA